AUGGCUCUUACUAUAACAAUUAUUGCGUUGGCAACCGCGGUGUUUGGGCUUCUCACAACACUCAUCUACACUAAAUUGCACUUCAAGCGGUUUGAGGAAUAUCGUGGCAUCCCUCAGCUGCGACAAUCCUUGAUUUUGGGAAAUCUGAAGACUAUAUAUGACUAUACACUGUAUGGAGAACGCGAUCGCCACCUUGACCACGGUUUUACCGAGAUGCUGGAGGCUCUCGGACGGCCUCAGUUGAUGCUCGUUGAUAUCUGGCCACUCAGAUCUCCCUUGCUCGUCGUAGGCAGCCAGGAGAUUGCCGAGCAGCUUUGCAGACCAACAAACCUUUUCCCUUGGGGCUCACCAAAAUGCUCAAUGCUGACAGCUGGAGGCAAGGAAUGGCUUGUUCUUAGGAAAAAAAACAACCCAGCAUUCUCACACCAACGAGUACUGGUAUCGGUACCGACAAUCAUCGACAAAGUAGAGAUAUUCAUUGAUAAGCUCGAUCAACACAUGUUUACCGGCGACGAGUUUUCCCUAUUGGCGCUUUGUGCUGAUCUCGCCCUUGAUGUAAUUGGUCAGGUGGUUUUAGGCAUUGACCUCGACGCCCAACUCCAGCGCCCGAGCAAGCUUGCCCGCGACUUCCUCGAACUUAUGAGCACAUACGACGGCCUUCUCACCGUGAUUUCCCAGCUGGAUGAAGAGUCAGUCGACAAUUCUCUAGCUGAGCACAUUCGGCAAAAAUUUAAAGCGAAUUCGACGGAAGCUCUGCGCCAAAACCACAGCGUCCUUUCUCAACGGCUUCAGGAUAUUCCUGCCCUGGAUCCCUUGAUAGUCGCCGAGAUAUCGGACCAACUCAAGACUUUUCUCCUCGCCGGCCGCGAUACAACUGGGAUCACGCUCGCCUGGGCACUCUAUGAGCUCUCGCGUACACCCGGCGCCCUACGACCCGUACGUCUCGAGGCUGACGCUGUCCUCGGGCCAGGUACAGACUUGGUCACCAUACGCACCACCCUAGGCAGUGAUCGUCGCGAUUUGUUAGGACGGAUGCCCUUCACGCACGCCGUCAUCCGCCAGACACUGCGUCUACAUCCACCAGGGGGUGCCAUGCGAUACAGUGAUAAGCAUAAUGGCUUGACGGUGUGUAACGCGACUACUGGGCAGACCCACUGCCUGGAUGGGCUCGCCAUUUAUCUGUGCGAACCUGUGAUCCAUCGAGACGUUGCUGUUUAUGGAGAUUCCGCCAACGUCUUUGUCCCGGAGCGAUGGGCAGCGUUGGGUGCUGCUGCUAAGAUUCCUCCAUCAGCAUGGAGGCCAUUCGAAAGGGGCCCAAGGGCUUGCAUCGGGCAGGAGUUGGCCAUGCUGGAGGUGUGCCUUGUCCUCGCACUGGUGUGCAGGAGGUAUGACUUUGUCAAAGUGGGCCUGGGCAGAAAUUUGUUGGGUGCAAAGGGUGAGGAAGUACUGGAUGAGAGGACAGGGCAGUUCAAGGCGGCAAGCGAGAUGUACAAACCCCUUCAAGUCGCAGCACAGCCUUUAUUGAUCCUCUGA